UCAAAAUCUUUCGUAUAUGCUUAAAAUGCCUGUUCAAAGUGAACUUUUCGAUGAGUCGGAAUUUAAUAUUUUCACUAAAGAAAUCAUUAUGUAUGAAGAAUAUUUACCACAUUUUGUACAAUUUUAUGAGAAAGCUGGACAGAAGCUUAAUUUAGCACCAAAAUACUAUAAAUUCAAAGAAGAUAUUGGCUGCGAUUCUAUUAUAUUAGAAGAUCUACGUAUUCGAGACUUCAAAAUUGCAAAUCGUAUGGAAGGACUUGAUAUAGAACACACGGAAAGUGUACUGCGUAAAUUAGCUCAAUUCCAUGCAGCUUCUGUGAAGCAUGUAGAAGUACAUGGACUGUACCCAACAUCAUUUCAAGAGAGCUUCUACAAUGAACAAACACGUGAAAUGCUUCAGGACAUGUCUAACCAAACGAAACCCAUCAUAUUGGAAUUUGCAAGUGCAUACAAUAAUAGUGAAGAAUAUAUAGAGAAGCUGGUCAGUAUUUGUAGAUCACUUUUAUCACACUUAUACAUAACUAUAGAAUAUAGUAAGGUUCAUCUUGAAGAAUUCAAUGUUUUGAACCAUGGUGAUUGCUGGAUAAAUAACAUUAUGUUUCAAUAUGAUGAAGAGAAUCGCCUAAUGGAAACUUAUUUAAUUGACUUUCAAAUACCCAAAUAUGGUCCACCUGCUUAUGAUUUAUAUACGUUUAUACUUUCUGCAACGCAAUUAAAUUUAAAAGUGGAGCAAUUUGAUUACUUUAUUAGUUAUUAUUACUCACACUUGAGCGAAAACUUAAGACUAUUGACAUACAAUGGUAAAAUUCCUACUUUGAAAGAGCUGCACAUUAGUUUACUAAAGUACGGGUUUAUGGCUGUUGUAACUUUAUUUGAUAUGACCUCUGUAUGCUUAAUGGAUAAGCAUGAACACACCGGAUUUGACAUCUUUAUGGCUAAUACUCCGGAUGGAAUCGAAUUUCGCAGAAAGCUUUAUGGAAAUCCAAGAUUUAAAGAAAAUGCUGAAUUGAUUUUACAUUUUCUUAAUUAUAGAGGCUUAUUAGAUAUUUAGAGAUUAGAAAACUAAAAAAGUGUCUGUUGUACAUCACAUGACAAUAAUAUUAUAAUUAA